AGAGAGAGAGAGAGAGAGAGAGAGAGACUAAACUGAACUGAACUGACCGGCGCUUGCAGACGGACUAUAUGACGGAUCCGAGAGAAUACUGCGUCUGACCUGCGCAGUUUUACCUGCGUGUCCCCAGAAAACAUGGACGGAUCACCGGGGAUCGAAACCGAGAGGAGCAGAAGAAGUGUUAUUUCACCGAGACGGACAGACGUUCACUUGAUUACCAUCAUCAUAAUGAGCACGAAAGUGUUUUGCACACAGGCUUCAUCACUUCAGUUCUCCAAAGAGCCCAAAUCUCAGGAUGCGUUACACGGCCGCAGUGCGAUUCUGCGCUGUGAGGUCAGUGACCCGGCGGAUGUGCGGUACUCGUGGAUGCAGGACGGCUGGAGCGUGGAGGACUCGGACCGGCGCUUUCAGGAGGGCAGUAACCUGAAGUUCAUGGCAGUGGACCGUCACUUUGACACGGGCAACUUUCAGUGCGUGGCCUCCAACAGUGCCACCGGAGAGAUGGUGACCUCCGCCAACGCCUCCUUCAACAUUAAAUGGCUGGAGAGGGGGCCGGUCACCAUGAAUGAACCUGCCUCAGAGGCGGAGCUAGAGGAUGCUGAACGAAUCACACUGCAGUGUCACAUUGAUGGACAUCCACGGCCGAGCAGUAAAUGGUUUAAAGAUGGUGUUCAACUGGGAGGAAAGGAUCGAAUCCUGACACUGACUGACCUCAGACCAGAAGAGUCUGGGAUUUACUACUGCUGUGCUCGAAAUGCUGCCGGACAAGUGUGCAGUAAUCAAAACAUCACGCUCAAUAUCAUCGAUAAGACUCUUCCUCGUGUGGAGGUGUCUCCAGAAGAUCAGGUGGUGUUGAGGAACGAGGAGGCCGUGUUUCACUGUCAGUUCAGAGCCAAACCGCCGCCGGUGCUCGAGUGGUUUCACGGCACUGAACCCGUCGUCAACAAAUCACGGGUUAUAGUGUACAGUAAUGGCACCCUGCGCAUCACUCAGGUGAAGCAGCGCAGCACAGGUGUAUAUAAAUGUGUCGCUCAGUAUGGAGGAAACAAACAUGUGCAGGUGGAGGCCGAGCUCAGAAUCGCAGAGAUCGAUGACAUGGGCGAUCGCAUGUCUCGGGUUUUCUCCGCUAACAGUAGAGAGAGGGUGACCUGUGACCCGCCCCGGGGUCAGCCGCUGCCGGAGGUGUGGUGGGAGCGUGUGGGUCAUCGUGUGCCAUCCGAGGGUCGUGUGUAUCAGCGGGACAGAGAUCUGAUCUUCAACUCUACAGAUAGAUCAGACUCGGGCGUGUACACGUGUGUCGCGCGGAAUAAAGCGGGACAGAGAGAACAGGAACUCAUCGUGACUGUCGCCACAUCUCCAGAAUGGAUCACAGAACCGCAGAACACACACAUGGAGGAAGGUCAGCCUGGAUACCUGCACUGUCACGCUCAGAGUACACCUGACCCACGGGUCACAUGGUACCGCAAAAACAUCCCAAUCAGUGAUGAGGGUUCUCGUUAUAAGCUCUUCUCUAACGGGACUCUGCGGAUCAACAGUGCCGAAGUGAAUGACGCUCAGAUCUACAGCUGUGUGUGUGUGAGUGAAGGCGGCUCGCUCACCGGACACGCUCGCGUUUAUAUACUGGAGAAGUUGAAGUUCACCCCCGUCCCGCAGCCAUCGCAGUGUUUACAGCUGGACAGAGAGAGCAGCGUCAACUGCAUUGCACAGGGACGAGAGACACCCACAGUACAUUGGAGCAGAACAGAUGGCAGUGCUCUCUCGUCUCAUGUGAGUCAGAUGAACGGUGUUCUGCAGUUCAGGACAGUCAUUCGUGCCGAUGCAGGGAACUACACGUGUGUCGCGUUUAACAGCAUGCAGGGAGAGAUCAGAGCGCAUGUACAGCUCACUGUAGGAGUUCAUAUCGAGUUUAAGUUGGAGCCAGAGCAGACGACGGUCUAUCAGGGUCACACAGCGGUCUUUCACUGUCAGGCGUCAGGUGACCCAUCGCCCUUCAUCCAGUGGAUGAUCAAAGACAAACUGCUCAGCAGCAGCACCAGCAGGUUUCAGAAGAUGCCCAAUGGCUCUCUGGUCAUUAGUGAUGUCACCACUGAUGACACGGGCAUGUACACCUGUAUCGCAGGUAACAGCUGUAACAUCAGAGACUCUGCAGCACAACUGUAUGUCGUAGAGAAGCCCGUUCACCCGCGUGACGAAGAUGAGGAUAAGAGUCAGUUUAAGAUGUUCCAGACGAUCGCGCUGUCUGUGGCGGUCGCUGUCGCUUACAUCAUCGCUGUGCUGGGACUCAUGUUCUAUUGCAAACAGAGACGCAAAGCCAGACGCCUGCAGAAGAACAGCGGCGGAGAAGAACCCGAGACGGAGUGUCUUAAUGGUGGCACUGUUCAGCACAACGGUCAAACAACAGCAGAGAUUCAGGAGGAAGUGGCUUUAACUAACCUGACGUCCACGACAGCCAAUGAGAAACACCAGAACUCCACUGAUAAACUGAACUUUCCCAGAGUGCACCUGCAGACUAUCACUACACUGGGUAAAGGUGUGUUUGGCGAGGUGUUUCUGGCUAAAGCGCAGUCUAUAGAGGAGGGUGAGGAGGAGACGGUGGUGGUUGUGAAGAGUUUACAGAGUCCAGAUGAAAGCGUCCAAUCAGAGUUCAGACGAGAGCUGGAGAUGUUCAGUAAAGUCCAUCACCCUCAUAUCGUACGACUGCUGGGACUCUGCAGAGAGACGCAACCACAUUACAUGAUUCUGGAAUAUGUGGAUCUGGGGGAUCUCAAACAGUUUCUCAGGAUAUCAAAGAGUAACGAUGAGAAACUCAAAUCUUAUCCAAUCAGCACCAAAACUAAAGUGUCUAUAUGUGCACAGGUGGCUGAUGGGAUGCAGUAUUUAUCAAAGCAGCGUUUUGUCCAUAAGGAUCUAGCGGCGAGAAACUGUCUCAUCAGCAGUCAGAGACACGUGAAGGUGUCGUCUCUCAGUCUCAGUAAAGAUGUUUAUAACAGUGAGUACUAUCACCACAGACAGGUGUGGAUUCCUCUCCGGUGGCUGCCAGCUGAGUCUGUGUUUGAGGAUGAUUUCUCCAGUAAGUCUGAUGUAUGGGCGUUUGGUGUGCUGAUGUGGGAAGUGUUCAGUGUGGGUGAGCUGCCGUACACAACACUCAAUGAUGAAGACGUGCUGGAAGGUCUUCAGACUGGUAAACUGAGUUUAUCUCCUCCAGAGAACUGUCCUCCUCUUGUCUUCAGUCUGAUGAACCGCUGCUGGGCGUCCAGCCCGAAAGAACGGCCCACUUUCAGCGAGAUCGCCCAGACUCUGUCAGCGUUACCCACAAACACCAAAGUCUGAACCAUCCAACUGUCACUUCAACACAUUCAGCGCUCUGUUACAAUCACACACUUCAGACACGAGAAUCCGUGUCAAGACACUUUAACAAUGUACAUGCGAGUGUGUGUGUGAGAGUGUGAGUGUGUGUGAGUGUGUGUGAGUGUGUGUGAGUGUGUGUGAGUGUGUGUGAGUGUGUGUGAGUGUGUGCGAGUGUGUGCGAGUGCGUGCGUGUGAGUGCGUGAGUGAGUGUGUGAGUGCGAGUGUGUGAGUGUGAAAGUGAGAGUGUGUGAGUAUGAGUGUGUGAGUGUAUGUGUGUGUGUGAGAGUGUGAGAGUGUGAGAGUGUGUGAGUGUGUGUGUAUGUGUGAGUGUGUGUGAGUGUGAGAGUGUGUGUGUGAGAGUGUGAGAGUGUGUGAGUGUGAGAGUGUGAGAGUGUGUGAGUGUGUGUGUAUGUGUGUGUGUGUGUGAGUGUGAGUGUGUGUGAGAGUGUGAGAGUGUGAGUGUGUGAGUGUAUGUGUGUGUGUGUGAGAGUGUGUGAGUGUGAGAGUGUGAGUGUAUGUGUGUGUGUGUGAGAGUGUGAGAGUGUGUGAGUGUGAGAGUGUGAGUGUGUGAGUGUAUGUGUGUGUGUGUGAGAGUGUGUAAGUGUGUGAGUGUGAGUGUGUGUGAGAGUGUGUGAGUGUAUGUGUGAGUGUGUGUGAGUGUAUGUGUGAGUGUGCAUGUCUGUGUGAGUGUGUGUGAGUGUGCGAGUUCGUGAGUGCAUGUGAGUGCGUGAGUGUGUGAGUGCGCGCGCGUGCGCAUGUGAGUUCAUGUGAGUGCGUGCGUGAGAGUGCGUGUGAGUGCGUGUGUGUGUGUGUCUAAGUGUGUCUAAGUGUGUCUAAGUGUGUAUGAGUGUGUGUGAGUGCGUGUGAGUGCGUGUGUGUGUGUGUCUAAGUGUGUCUAAGUGUGUAUGAGUGUGUGUGAGUGUGUGUGAGUGCGCAUGCUCAGAUCCAGGGAGUUUCACUUGCCUUAAACACAGCGUGAUCAAAUAUGCUUCUGUCCCCAGAACAGUCCAUUUACGGUGUUGUUGUUGUUCGGCCUUGAGCUUUACUUCCUGUCAGUGGAACCUCAGGGAGCUCUGGGACCUUCUAAUCACAGGGGUGUGAACUUUGACCUCUGUCAGCGCAGGACAAUCGCAGCUCUUUCAGGGGUACAAACACAGAUGUGUGUCAGCACAAGCGGUACUUCAAAUGCUGGACUCUUGUGUCAAGGACUUGAAUUUGCAAUGUGUACAGUUGUGAAGUCAUAUAUGUGUGUGUGUGUGUGUGUGUGUGUGUUGAGUUAGUAGGUGUGUAAGUACACACUAAACACUAUUUUCACAGGAGGAUUUAGUUUCACUGGGUCUGAUCAGCAGGUGCAGCAUGACAAGCAGUUUGUCUGUACACAAUAAAAGCAAAACUGCUGCACGACGCAAAACAAUCAGAGCCAAUCAGAAUCGGAUGUUUAAUAAACAGCUAUUUGUAGCGGGAUUUUGAACCAAUGAGAUUUCAGUGUGGGUGGAGUUAUCCAACACGACAAAACCAGAAACUGUCCUGUCGCUCACCUCUUGUUGUGGCUGGUUAGAACAAAACUCAUGUUGGCGAUUACUUUAACCACUAUUUGUUUUGUCGUGUCACGUCAGGUUAAUUCACAGUUUAAGCUUUAGCUGCAAAAAAUGCUUCGUAAGUGGAUCUGUUGUUGCUUGUGCUUAGAAAACUGAAAGACAAACUAUGAAAUUAGUGACUGAAAUUUACAGCUAGAAUUCUUUUAAAGGAAUAUUCUGGGUUCAAUACAAGUUAAGAUCAUUCGACAGCAUUUGUGUCAUAAUGUUGAUUACCACAAAAAUUAAUUUGGACUCGUCCCUCCUUUUCUUUAAAUGUGUGUUCCAGUGAGACACUUACAAUGGAAGUCAAUGGGGUCAAUCUGUAAACAUUAAAAUACUCACUGUUUCAAAAGUAUAGACACAAGACAUAAACAAUAUGUGUGUUAACAUGAUUUUACUGUCAUAAAAUCACUUACUAACCACAUCUGUGGAAAGAUAUAGACAAUUUUACAACUUGUUGCCAUGACGACGUAACGCUAUACCGUUGGCUGUUGUAUUUAGAAUGCUGAGAAACAUGUCCUGUUCACACUGAUCCAACAAAAUUGCGUCUUUGCGUGUCAUUCGCCUUUGAAGAUGACUGACGAGGAAGAGUUUGUGGAUGAAGCCAAAUAUGUGUGAUUUAAUAUAUAAAUAUUUAUGCUCGAUUGAUGCAAUGUUUAGCAUGUAUUCAAUGCCACAUUAAUCUAUAAGUUAUUUAUUCUGAGAGAGGAUAGCAGUCCAGCAGCAAAAGUAUUUUACACAUGAAAUCAUGUCCAUAAAAUGUGGGGAAAGUUGAUAUUUUUGCAGAUGUGCACAUACAGUACACAGUUCAGUGUUUGCAUUUUUUGUGUGAUUUGACACCGUUUGAGAAAUAAAGAAUCUGGUGUUUCUCAUGCGAGAGAGAAGAGCGCUUCAGCAUAAAUCUAUCUCUGUGUCUUGAUAUAAUCUGUUUGUACAUAUUCCCUCAUGAGCAUCAACAACACAAACUGCUGACAUCAGCACUAACAUAUCAUUUUGUUUUCUUUAUUUGGAAAGGAACAGAAUGGUUUAAAAUGUUUGCUACAAAAAUGUGAUUAAUUGUGUUUGACUGUCCACACACCUUCAUUUACAAUGAAUCAGUAGGGACGGUCAACAGAUAAUUCGCGAUAAAGUCAGAGUUUAUUGGAAAAUUUUACGACACUGCUUAAACAUUCCAAGACCUGACAAAAAUCCGACAAAUCCCAACAAAUGUUUAUAAACUAUUGAUGUUUGUUGGGGCAGUGUGAAUUGGGCUUAAAAUGACUGUAAAAGACAAUUUAAACAUCUUCACAGCUCAAAUAAUACAUGAGUUUAAACAGAAUGAAUGUAAGUGUUUUUAUUAAAUUAUAAGCAUCACAUUUCUGACUUUAAACCCUCUAAAAAUUGAUCCAUUGACUUCCAUUGUAAGUGUCUCACUGUGACACACAUUUAAAGAAAAGGAGGGACGAGUCCAAAUUAAUUUUUGUGGUAAUCAACAUUAUGCCAGAAAUGCUGUCGAAUGAGCUGAACUUGUACUGAACCCGGAAUAUUCCUUUAACAUUUAUGUAAAAUGAUGUGUUUGUAAUUGUGAGAUAUAAGAGAGAAUGCGUCAGGACUGUUCUUAAUAUUUACUUUUAGGUGCUCAGAGGGGCUGACUGUGUAAUAAAUACAAAUUAAAUGCCACAGAUUGCAUUAAUUCCCUAAGCCAUGAUUAAUUACAUUUUUAUCCAUCCAUGUGUCUCCUUUUUUCUGAAAGACACUACCUACAAAGUUCUAUGUAGAAGCUUCAUAAAUGUUAAAUGUGUGAUGAUUUUAAUGUAGAAGGUUAUAUCUGGAACUGGUGUAUUUAUGAUGUUUUUUUAAUGCGCUCAGCGUUCAUUUUCUACAAACUCCUGCAGUCUCAAUCUCUCAUGCAGUCGAACUUCCUGUGGCAGUUUUGAGCGAAUGCUUUUCAACAGGUGUGUAGAAUCAAGAAACAGCUCAACUUUUACAUCUACAACUAAAAGUGCCUAGAAAAUGAAGGAAUUGCUUUCUCUUUUUUUACAGUAUAUUUUUAAUGCAGUUGCCUCUUGUUUUAAGAACUGCUUUUAUAAAAUCUUUUCAUAUGUUUUUUGUAUUAUUAUUAUUAUUAUUUGUUUUAUCUCUUUGUGAGUUACAAUAACACCAUCCGUUCAUGUUUGUGUUUUAUAAGCUUGGCACUCACACUUAGAUGCUUUUAUAUUGUGCUUUAGUAAAGGUCACAGUAAUCCACAUGUAUGCUGCUCUCAUUAAACAUUCACAUUUAUAA